UUAUCCCCACAACAUUAAUAAGUAGGUCACAUACAUUAUUUGGUAUUAACUUGUAUUAUCUCUCUUGCAACAAAAUUGUGUGGUGUUCUGCUUAAUAUUUUUUGAACCAUGACUUCCUCUAUCGCUCAAAGAGUUUCAGAAUGUUUUAUUAGACCCAUACAUCCUAUUGAAAAUUCAAACCAAAUUUGUUAUUUAACAGGUUGGGAUAUUGCUAUGUCAUCUAUGCACUAUAUCCAAAAAGGCCUAUUAUUCAAAAAGCCUAAAACAUCACCAUACAACCAACAAGAUUUCAUUGAGAAUUUGUUGAAGAAUCUCAAAAACUCUCUCUCCCAUGCUCUUUUCUAUUUCUAUCCUCUUUGUGGCCAUCUUGUCACCCACAAAACUCAAGACCCUCACUCUUAUACUAUUUUUGUUGAUUGUAGUAACAAUAACCCCGGAGCUAGAUUCAUCUAUGCAACCGCGGAAGUGAUCAUUUCUGAUAUCCUUACACCGGUUGAUGUUCCUCCCAUUGUUGAAACAUUUUUUGAUCUCAACAAAGCAACCAACCAUGACGGUCACACCAUUCCGUUGUUAUCAAUUCAAGUCACGGAGCUCAUUGAUGGUGUUUUUAUAGGUUGUUCCGUGAAUCAUUGUAUUGGUGACGGUACUUCUUUUUGGAAUUUUUUUAAUAUAUGGUCCGAGAUAUUUCAAUCUCAAGAUUAUGAAAAUGAAAACAAUAUUGUUCUCAUUUCGCGUCAACCAUUUCACAAUCGUUGGUUUCCAGAAGGCUACGGUCCACCAACAAACCUUCCCUUCAAACAUCACGAAGAGUUCAUUAGCAAAUAUCAAUCUCCGGUCUUCAGAGAUAGAUUUUUCCAUUUUACAAAAGAGUAUAUCGCAAAACUAAAAUCAAAGGCGAAUAAAGAGUUCAACACAACAAAAAUAUCUUCGUUCCAAGCCUUAUCAGCACAUGUUUGGCGAUGUGUGACACGCGCACGCCAACUAACAAACAAUCAAAAAACAAGUUGUAAGUUAGCGAUAAAUAAUCGAUCAAGAAUGGAACCUCCUUUGCCAAAAGAGUAUUUUGGAAAUGCAGUUGAUGUGAUUAGUAUUGAAACAACUGUUGAGGAGUUGCUUCAAAACAAUCUAGGAUGGGCAGCAUCGAAGGUUAAUGAAGUUGUGGCGAAUCAUGACGACAAAGAAGUGAGAAAAAUGUUAAAGGAAUGGUUAGAGUCUCCUAUUGUAUACCAACUUGGUUGUCACUUUGAUCCUAACAGUAUCACAGUGUCAAGUUCACCAAGGUUCAAUAUGUAUGGAAAUGAAUUUGGAAUGGGGAAAGCUAUAGCCGUUCUUAGUGGUUAUGCUAAUAAAUUUGAUGGUAAUGUGUCAUCAUAUGAAGGGUAUGAAGAAGGAAGCAUAGAUUUGGCAUUGACUCUUAUGCCUGAUGCAAUGAGGGCGUUGGAAUCAGAUGAGGAAUUCAUGAAUGUAGUUUGAAUUGAAGGUUUUGUUGAUGAGAUCAUUGUUGAAAUAAUAUAGUAUAUUCAUCAA